CCAAAGUCGAAAUCACAACAAUAACUAGUUGACUCAGACAGCCAAAGCUCUCAGAUCAAGAAACAGAACAUUACCUGCAUUCUGAAGGACUUGGUUAAUUUUUAAUUUAGAAUCCUGGAUUUUGAACAGACUUCACUGCCUACUUUGUACAUAGGUGGAUUUCUAGGUUUAGAAUGGGAUCCACACUGUGUCAGAACUGGAAGGGACCUCAAAGAUCACCACAGCGAACCAGCUCAAAACUCAAAUGAAGAGCAGACACAGAAGGGAAGAAGCUAUCUGUUUAGGGGCACAGUUAUUUAAUGGCAGUGUCUGCAAAGGGCAAUGUGACCCAGGAUCCCUGGACCACAAUUAUAUCCUUUCCACCAUUUCCAACUGCUUACGUUCACCCAAAGGACAAAGAUGCAGGACAAGUACACCAAAAGUGGCAUUGCUUGUUUCUUAAAGGAAGAUGACAUCUCUUGGGACCCCACCGAUGAAGAGAGUAUGAACAGCCCCUGCUGGCAAAUCAAGUGGCAAGUACAUCAGUUUGUCAGAAAGAUGGUUUUGAGAACCUAUGAGGAAACCAUUCCUACAAUUCCAGGAAAACAGCAACAUAUUCCUUACCCACUAGGAGAAAGAGGUGUUCAGAGAGCGGCAGCUCAUGUAACUGGGACAAGACAGAGAAGAAACACAUUCCCAGCUUCAAACUCCAAGAAUGAAAAGGUUUUGGGCCAGAAAAUAAACUCCUGGGAGUCAUCAAGAAGAGGACAUUCAUUUUUGAAUAAUUUGCACUUGCGGAAUGGAGAGCUGAUUAUCCAUCAAACGGGAUUUUAUUACAUUUAUUCUCAAACGUAUUUUCGAUUUCUGGAACCUGAGGGAACGUUGGGAGCAAUUUCAUCAAAAGAAAACAGGAAGAAAAACAAACAAAUGGUACAAUAUAUUUACAAAACCACAAGCUAUCCUGACCCUAUACUGCUGAUGAAAAGUGCUAGAAAUAGUUGUUGGUCUAAAGAUUCAGAAUAUGGACUCUAUUCCAUCUAUCAAGGUGGAAUAUUUGAACUUAAAGAAAAUGACAGAAUUUUCGUCUCUGUAACUAAUGAGCAAUUGAUUGACAUGGACCAUGAAGCCAGUUUUUUUGGGGCCUUUUUAAUUGGCUAAAUGAUCUGCAAAGGUAAAAACAGUGACUUCAUAAUGAACUUUUACCUUUCAUUGUGAUACAUCAUGAAAAUAUUCCAACAUAACUAAGAAACUAAGGCAGUCUGAGCAAAGCAACCUCAACUAAAAGACCCAGAAGAAGAAUGCUUUUUUAGUAUCUCUGAAAAAGGACCAACUUACUCAAAGAAAGUGAAAUUGCCAGAAGUUCUUUCAGGGCUCAACCUGAUAUCAGUUUACUAGCCGGAAUCUUGUAGAUUCUGUUUCCAAACACUGUGUAGCAAUUAACAUCUUCUGUUUUUAUUGCAAAGAAGAAAGAGUAACCAUCCAUCUCUUAGAUAGUAUAUCAUAUUGGUAGCUUCCAGGUUGCAGUACAGGCCAACAUCCCUGAAGUUGAAAGAGAAGGGGGCACCAUUAAAAGGUCAUGGCCUUGAGAAGCAAUCCUCUGUCAAUGUAUGCAAUGUGCCAAAGGAGUUUGCAUUGUGCAGGACCUUGCAGGAGUUAUCUCAUACACCUGUAAUGGUGGAAAGAAGAGAAUUCCACCCAAAAUAAUAUCAUUUGGUUAAAAAAAAUUUUAAGUCAAAUUUAUGUUCAGUGAACAAGGGACUAUUUCAGAAUGGUUUGUGAUUUUUACCACAAAAAGUCAGGCUGGCCCAAAAUACUGAAGAUGUUUUUAGAAAGUACUCUAUAAUGAAUGAUCAUCUAAUCAGAAAGCAGGGUCUUAUGUGAGCAGAAGGAGAAAUGGGAAAGUGGAAAUGACAAACACAGGUAAAUCAGCAGAAAAAAAGCCAAAUAAAGGUCUGUCCCCCCACCUCUAUUCCCCCACAGCCAAAUGUCAGUGCUUAAGGUUGUAUUUUUUAUUUGCCCUUCCCAGAAAAAAACAGUCAUUACUUUUAUCUUCUAAAAUCAUGACACAAAACACUUCAUUUCACCAUUUCAUCUAUGCAGGUGGAGAAAAAAAUUAGAGUAUUUGUCUAAUUUCUUCUAAUUGUUAUUCCUAAACACCGCAUAAUUUAUACUCUUGAUAAUAUGCUCAAAUGUUCAUUUAUAUAUGUUCUGAUCAAAUAGAUCUUUUUCAAAAAGGUUUAUUCCAAUUUAAACUUACAACAUGCUGUAGAUACCUGGCACUUUUGACUUCCCUUACUUUGUUUUUUCCAUUAUACUAGUCAAGUCUUA